GUCCUUACAUGUAGGGCAACCUAACCCUGAUGGGUGUGUUUCUCUGAGGGUGGGAGUCUGUAUGACUAACGCACUAUUUCAUCCUUUAAUGGUUGUAAUUCUGCAACUGUUACCAUUCACACUGUUACUUUUUCUUUGAGUUCUUUCACAUGUGAACCCAAGCACUUUGCAUUAAAACGGCUUCAAUGUAAAUCUGGGAAAAUGGAGCGUGUGGUUUCUGUUUCAUCAUUUCCUUCACUCGAAGAGCUGAUUCAAUCAAGUUUCCGUUGUUUUUUGUUUUUUUUCUUCUGUGGUUUGUCAAAGGGCUGGGCUUCAGCAGCCACAGACUUACUCAGGAAAUCUGUUUUUUUUUCUUUCUAAGACUGCUCGCUUGUGUGAAAGAAUUUGCUUGUGUGUUCAGGGACGUGUUUGUCCUCUCCACUGCAUUCCUGCUCAUUCACAGCUCAGGCGUGUAACUUUACACAACCUACUGACUUUCAAGCAUGCUCCACUUCCAGCCAGCGCCGGGUCAGUUCGGCCCUGAGGUCCAGAAUCCGGGUCUGUGGGUGUGGAGGGUGGAGAAGAUGAAGGCGGUGCUGCUGGACCCUUCUGAGGUGGGGUCUUUCUACAACGGCGACUCGUAUUUGGUGCUGAAAAACCACGGCGAGCAGGGAGCAGACCUCCACAUGUGGAUAGGAGAGAAGUCGUCUCGCGAUGAGCAGGUUGCAUGUGCCAUGCUCGCCACCCAGCUAGACAACUUUCUGGGCGGCGACCCCGUUCAGCACCGGCAGGUUCAGGGCAUUGAGACGCCGGAGUUCAUGGCGCUCUUCCCCAGAGGAGUCAGCUACAAGGAUGGUGGGGUGGAGUCGGGCUUUCGGAGGACUCAGGGGUCCGGACCGGUGCACAGGUUGUACCAGAUCAAGGGGAAACGCAACAUCCGUGCCAAGGAGGUGGAGCUAAGCUGGAGCAGCUUCAACAAGGGCGACUGCUUCAUCCUUGACCUUGGAGAGAUUAUCGUGUCGUGGAUCGGAUCGGAGGCCAACAUCUUCGAGAAACAGAAGGUGCGUGAAAUAGCAUCGUUGAUCCGUGACACGGACAGACACGGUAAAGCCCGGAUCGUGGACAGCACCGAGGGCGAGGAGCCGGAGGAGAUGCUUAAGGUGCUGGGACAGAAGCCGGAGCUAGCAGGGAGCACGCCAGAGGAAGACAGCAAAGCGGACGCUUCCAACACCGCUGCUCUUUACAAGGUGUCCGAUGCAACCGGUUCUAUGACUAUGACCAAAAUCUCAGAGAAGAGCCCAUUUGCCAAGGAGCUGCUUGUGCGUGAUGACUGCUUCAUCCUGGACAACGGAGCCAACGGGAAAAUCUUCGUCUGGAAAGGUAACGGAGCAAACGCAGAGGAGAAGAGGGUGGCCCUGCAGAUGGCCGACAGCUUCAUCCAGCAAAUGCAGUACGACAUGAUGAAGACGCAGGUGGAGAUUCUGCCACAAGGGAAGGAGACCAUCAUCUUCAAGCAGUUCUUCAAGAACUGGAACUGAAGAAGCAGAAGAAUCCCAAUUAAUGUUUUUUUAUACACAUUUCCACAGAAGCAGCUCUCUCUGGAUUUCAGCGGAAUCUGAGACGUGUUGCCACUUUUGUAAAAAUUCCCAAAAUUGUUUCAUGUGGUGAAAUUUUAAAGUAUUGUAGGAGUUAUUUGUUAAUAUGCAGAGCAAAAACUGUAUAGAAGAGCAAGAUAUUAGACAAUGGUGCAAAUCUACUGACAUAAUAAACCCUGGAAGUUA